CCUCCCCUACGAGUCUACGCGCGUAACCCUCGUAUCUGAUAGAACUACCACACUACACUACCCUAAUGCCACAGCAACGGUCGCGACCAUGAUGUGUCCACCGAUGACCGAUCUACUGUUUCUAUCCUGAGUGAGGCUGUGACGCCCGUUCACCAUCCUGGCCUCCCCUCCUACUAACUCCCCCUAUCACAGCAUCCAUGCGGCGCGCCGUCCAUCAUUCAUGCCACGCACCGACGCUGCCAUCACAGAUUGCCAAUCUCAUUCGAACUUAAGUCGUGAUUGACACCGAUGUGUGUAUGUGUGCGUGCGUGUGUGCCGUGCGUUGCGUGUAUGCGUUUGCCCGCCCUCCCGUGCCGCCCGGGACACCGGAACCGGGAGGAGCAUCAAUCAUCGUGAAUCAGAUCCGUCCACACACACGCCCCAUCAUCCCACCGCAAGAAAUCGUUUCGGUCGCCGUUCUAGACCGCCCUACCGCGACGGGAGGAAGAUGGGGUGACCCCUCCAGCUCCUUCUCUCGAGUCCCGAGAAGCUCUACGCCAGAUUUCGCUGAUGCCAAGCAAGCUACAGAGACGAAGCUUCUCCUCCCCCUCCUGCGUUCCUUUGUGCAAGGCACCGAGAUCCGUCAUCUUGAGCCCGCGGACCCGUCGGUUCCCAACUUGAACCACGGACACUCGUCCAUCUUACCUAUCCCUUUCACAGGCUCACGUCCCUUUCACGUCCCUCCUCUCGGUUUCCCUAAUCCGGAAAUCCCGAGCCUUGGGUCCAUAUUUCGAGAUGUCCUUUUUUUUUCCCUUUCUCCCCCUCAGGUCCCCAUCUCCUUUUCUCUAAAAAAGACUUUCACGAUCCGACCGAGUUUCCCACUACUCUGCGCUAUCGCCUUUUCGCAUGUCUCCUCCUCGGCGGAACCCCAAAAACUACUCCAUUCCACAAUAAAGUCGCCCCCGGGGCCCCAACUGGGACUGUCCUGCAGCUAUCCCGUCUUCCCCUCUCUUCCCAUUAAGCUGGAUUCGGUACAGGAUCCGAGGGAAGGAAUGGGUUUUUGUUGCUUGAAGCCGGGAUCUAGGGGCCAGAAUCUGGUCUGACGCGCUCCUCCUGCAAUGUAGAACCCCUCACGACUCCAGAUCCUUUGUGGUCCAACUGAUUGUUUGUCAAAUUGUGAUUUAAAUCUCUGCCUCGCCUCAUGAUCGUGAUAUCCAUCACGCUUCGGGAAGCCCUGUUCAAAGUUCCAGCCCAUUGCCUCCGAUCCACACACAUGGCAAUUUG